UAAAACAUGAAAAAUAAAAUCAUACCUCAAGUCUUGACUCAUACAAUGAUAAUGUGGUCAAUGAUGAUUCUUGUGGCGAACGCACAGAAUGAUACAGACAUAAGAAUUUGUCAUACGUCAACAUCAGCCACGAGUCUUCUGGUGAAAGGAAGAGAAGGAACAUGCUAUCAUUUAGCAAAGGAAAAGGCAAGUUAUGAGGAAGCUAUGAGAUUUUGUACUUCGCUUGGUGGAAACAUAGCAGCCAUCCCUCAAGAUAAAUAUCUCAGAAGAUCAAAGUUGGAAGGUGAAAGGUUAUAUUGGACAUACUCAAAAACAGGCGUGGGACAAGAUAUUUCUAAUAAGCUUACAGCACCAAAUAAGAAAUGCAAUGCCCUGUACAAAACAUCAUUCAAAUUUGCCCCUCACCUUACAAAUUGCAAGAAAAACUUGUCUUAUAUAUGUACAACAAAUGCAGCAUACGCCGGUCAGACUUCGAAAAUUUACUGGGACACAAAAACCCAUUGCAUGAAAUCUCAUAAACUCAGUCUGUUGUCACCAAAAACCUUGAAGGACGUAGAAGCCACUGUGGAAUAUCUGAGAGAAAAAUGGGAGAGCUCAAGUAACCAUUUGCCUUGCACUGUAUGGAUUGGACUUACAUGGAGAAACAAUAUUUCAGCUUGGAAUCAUGGCAUUUACAAAGAAUUAUUAGCGGAUGUUAAGGAUCUUCCAUUCAAAAUUAUACCAGAAACUCCUGUGGAUGCAAAACAAGAUCAAAGAUAUCAUGCAAUAAUGAAAUUUGAUGGGUUCAAUUUCAUCGCAACUUGGGAAAGAAAAGACGCAAAGGCCGAUUACAUUUGUGGGAAUUUACCAGCACUGGCCCAAGGCCCUCCAGGAAUGAAUGGGGAGACAAAUCCGGAACCUCCAAAAACCAAAAUACAGCAAUAUUGGAAUAUUAUACUGCCUCUAGUGGGGAUAAUUACCCUAUUCUUGAUUAUACUGACCACAGUUUUCCUACGGAAAAACAAGAAAAGACAUGGAUGUCUUUAUAGCAACUCAUCACAAGCAGGAAGUGAUCAGAGUCAUUCUAACCCAACUUUCCAAAUGGAAACGCAUGGAAAGAAAAGAUCAAGUUCACCUUAUAUAAGCAAUGCGGAUAUUGCUUCAAUACCCAACCUUUCAACUCAACAAAACUUCCAAAACGAACUACCGGUAUCAAUCCCGAGCAAAAGCCAACAACUCGAAACAGUUAGAAUAUUUAACCAAUGGCCUCGUGGAACCGCCCCUCACAUCCCUUUCCCCAAUAUUAAGAUGGGAAAAAACACAGAAACAACAAAAAUAAAUAGGCAAGUUUCCACAGUCUCAGGGCCUUAUGAAACUCCAAUGGAAUUUGAAACACCAAAGGGCUACCUGACUUUUGAAGUGUGUAGCGGAUUACAAGUAAAGAGAUCAUCUUCAGAUGAGAGUGUGAUAUUGACACAUAAUUUAUAUCUUCAAAAAUCAAGUAUCGAUGAACGGAAGCUAACUCGAAGCAAACAGAAAUCAUCAACAUACACUACAAUGAAUAUGAUGAAUAAAAUAACUCCACAGCGCCACCAUCCCUAUCAUCAGAUUGAAGAAAACAUGCAAGGCAAGAAAAAGAUCAAAUUUUCAGAGUUAAGAUCAAGUAAAAGUUACUCAAAUAUCAGUAUAAAAGGUCCAGUCACACAGAGACAAUUAUCUGAUCCAGCGAAGCAUGUCUAUGAACAAAUGAAAAUAAGGUCGCUUAGCAACAGAGUCGCAGGUAUGACAACUGUUGCCACAACAAAAGAAGCUUUGCUAGAAAUUCUCAAAAAACAAAAACGUAAAACUGAAAAUAUAUAUCAAACCGAGAACGAUAUUCUAGAAAAAAUUUCUACUCCAGCCAUAUUGAGCUAUAAAGAAGACACAGACAGUGAUGCCAAAAUAAAACACAAUGCUACUUCUUAAUCUUAUCUAGUAGUUUUCAGCCCCAUUGAAAUAUACUAAGAGGGUACCGGUACUCCAGAAGUAUGUGCACAAAGAUGGCAGACACCAGAACGUUGUAUGUGACAAGGUUACGGUCAGGCCAUAAUUUUAGGUACAAAUACCAUGAAAGUCACUUGGCUAUUCCCCGAACUCGUAAUAUAACUAAAACAAGGCAAAUUGUAAUAAAAUUAUGUCCCAACCUGGCACACAUAUGACGCUCUGGUGUUCGCCAUCUUGGUGCACAUACUUCUGGAGCACCCUUAAAAAAUAUACAUAUAGUAAAACAGACUUUCAGAUUCUAAUGGCAACUUGUGGAACCAUGUUCGAAAAUUACUGUUAAAAGUCUUAGUUAAUUGAAGCACGUUCAAAUGAAAUUGUGGCACUGUGCUAUUAUUGCCCCACUAUUUGUUUACUCAGGUCAGAACAAGUUAGGUCUGGUAACAACUAUUAUUUUUGAGUGUGUAGUGUACAUUUAGAUCCUUUUUCUGAUAUCUUGUUGUUAGAAUGACAGGUAAACUUCACCGUAAUAAAUGGACUAAUCAAUUUAUACUUCCCACUAUUUAGGUAUAGGAUUCUUAAAAUAUAAUACGACAAUGGUUUCCAAACUUUUUGUUUGUGCAGCCCCAAAUUAUCGGGAAAAAAACUGACGCUGCAUUGACAUGAAAAAUUACUGCUUUCUAAAAUAAAUUAAUUUUGUAAUCAUUAAUGUGUACUUUAUGCCAUUUGAAGUUUGUAAAUAUGACGAAAAACGUCAACUCUCCUUCUUCGUUCUAAUAAUUCAGCCCGAUAUUCAGUUUAAUAUGAAUAAUAUUUAACACAAGUGGAAAGCUGAUAGGUUGCCCCUUUCAUUAAGUGAGGCUUUUUCAAACAUCUUUCAAUCUGAUCCCUGUACAAAAAGUCAUGGGCGUAGAGGAGGGGUUUGGGGACGGACCCCUUCUUGAAAUAUAAAAAAAGGGUGCACCCGA